AAAGACCAAGAGAAAAGAAAACAGCAUAGGUUUUCUCAUAAGAAUUAUCAAGGCAGAUUAUUUUCAGAAGUUGAGCUAAUCUUCUAUUUAGCGUGUUAAAAAUGGGAUGCAAUGAAAAGAAAACUUGUGUGUCUUUGGUUUUGUGAGUGUGAAUUGAAGUGUAACCAAGCGCACUGUGGGAAUGAUGACAAAACAAGAUUUCUACCCGCUAGUCCUGUUAAAGUCAGAAAAUUGUGAUGAGAGAAUUGGUUGCCAUGGACACCAUUCCUGAGACUUUGCUUUUCUUUCCUGAUGAAGAAACAUACAGCUGCAUCAUAAAAAGAGUGGCUACCCCGGGAGAACCACCACCUGCAGAGGAAGAAAAGGGGGAAAAUGAACUUGAGACAGAAAUCAAGGAAAAUAAUGGGAUGGAAAGAAAAGCAGAAAAUUCGCCUCAGGAGGGGGAAGGAGACAGGAGUUACAAAGGGGCCAUGGAGCAAAUUCAGCUGACAGAGCAGAUAGCAAUGGUUCAGGACAUGGUGCAGGAGAUGAAGCUAAGUUUCACUUCAGCCAUGGAGGAGCUGGCCAAGACGCAGUACGGUGACGAGUCUCUACAGCAGCAAUUGUCAGCUGACCGGGAGAGCAAUCUACGACAGAUUACAGAACUCACCGACCUAGUCAGAAGUCUCAAGUCAGAGGUAGACUCAAUCAAAACAGAGCUAAAAGGAGUUGUAGCAACACAGAAAACCUGGGAAGAAAAAUUUAAAUCAGAGAGGCCUCAUUUAUUAGAGUCCCAUGCACCAGAAUCUUCCCGAAAAGAUGUGGCCCCCAUGGUUCAACCUUAUCUAGCAAGUCUUCAUCAACAAAAAGCUUCAGAAGACUGUGAUACUCAUUCAGUGACUGCCCUGGCCUGUAAGAGCCUCAAUCUAUCCCAGGCCCUCCACGAGAAGUGUCUACACCUGGAAUUGUCCUCAAGUGAUGAGGAGGAGACACUUAGAAAUCUUCAGAAUUCAGGAUUCUUUCUGGACAAAGAAGGAAGCUAUUACCUUGAUGAAAAACAUGUUCAUCCAAGGAAACUACCUCUCCAUGAAAGGGUGGUGGAAGAAGUACAAAGAGAGAAGGCAGCCCAGGAGAUAGUAGAGGCUGAGAGAUCCUACUGCUCCCAGCUGUGGACUCUGAUUGAUGCUUACAUGAACCCCCUCAGACAGGCAGAAAUAAUGACCCCAAGGGAAUUAUCUGCCCUUAUCCCCUCCUACAUCCCUCAGAUGUAUGAACAACAUUGUCUACAACUGCAUAAGAUGGAAGAGAGACUGAUGAAAUGGAAGAUUUCUGGCAUGUUAGGGGACAUCUUUGUCAAAAUGUUGGAGAAGCAAGAUGGAGAAGGAUUGUCUUUGUACAAAGAAUACAUUAAUGACUUUCCCUCAAUCAUCAACAACAUGAAUCAGUGGUUCUCACAAUCACCCCACUUCAAAUCUCUCAUGGGGAGUUCAAAUUUAGCAUCUUCAAAUGUCAUACCACUACUGCUGGAACCUUUACAACAAAUACCAAAAUACUCACUAUUACUGAAGAACCUGUUAAAGCACACAGCAGUGGAUCAUCCAGACAGACAGUAUUUAGAGGCUGCCCUGUACAGCCUUAAAAGUUUCCUCUACAUCAUGAAUAAUGACAUAGAGCAUGCCUCCCAGUUCCUGAAUGUUUCCAGGUCUCGAGAGAGUGGAAAUUCGAUGCGUUCUCGUUCAAGUGGGAGCAGCGCUGAAGCUAAUCAGGUGUCCAGUGCGAGGGACAGCGGGAUUCAGGAGGAUGAGACUCGUCAUCCAGCCUCACCUAACACUACUAGGAGAUAUGUCCUUCAAGUGUUGAGGGAGAGAAGAGAGAGGGAGGAGCAGGGGUAUAGAGACCGCCCAGUGUCUGUCCCUUCUCACUCUCAUCAUACUUUCGGAAGUCAUCCUGAUUUAUCCUCACAGGAAUAUGUUGAUUUCAUGAAUACAAGCAAAGAGAGCAGUGUCUACUUGCCUUAUCAAUCAGGACACAAGAUGUAUUCUUCUCUUUCAAAAAUACAAGCCAAAGUGCCAGAAAUUCGUAGUCCUGAAAAACCUCCAAGGAGAAUUAAAAUUAGAAGGCGACCUGAUAAUCCAAAGAGUGCAAUAAGUUCAAACUAUCUUCGCCCACUCACUCCACAUUUCCCAUUUUCAAGCACUCCAAGUCGGACAGCCUUUGAUGAACAGGAGAAUCUAAGACCUCCUCCAUCAACCAGAAGAGGUAGGACCAGACCAGCAAGUUCCAUUGAUUUCACAAACAGGGGAAGUGAAAGACGAGACCAGAUGUUAGAGGACUGGUCAUUUCAAGGGACAAGUCUCAACUCCCCUAGAGAUCAUCCAGGGGAGGGCAGGGCAAGGAAUGAGCUUCAUCUGUCUCUUCAGAGACUGCUGGCAGAGAGGGACAGGGAUAGUAGUCAUAGAGAAGAAAAUGAUCAGUAUUUCCAACCCCUCAGUAUGUCUUCAGAAUCUGGAAGACCUGCUGAGGACAGAUUUGCCACUUCCUCAUACAAUGGUGUUCAGUCAAGUAGACCUGCCUUUCAGCAGAAGAUUGUUGAAGACUAUGGUAUCUAUGGUGAUGAAGAUGAUGAGGAAGAAUAUGAUAAAGACAGGAAUGUAUCAGGUUCUUUUCAUUCUCAUAAUAGUCCAGUAAAGGAACAGCAUGAAAAUCCGUAUGAAAACUAUCAUCAGAGAAGAGUUUUACCAGAGGUCAAGAAUGUGACCUCUGAGAUUCCUCAGGGGCGCAGAGAAAAACCUCUUCCUAGUCCAAGGAGAAAUGAAUCUCAAAAAUCUCGAUUGUCAGACACAUCCUCAAAAUUAUCAGUGGAAAGAAAAAAUUCAAGUGAAGCUGCUGGCAGCAAGCAGCUGAAGCCUGAACACUUAGUACCAGCCCCAUCUGAUAAUUCAACUGGUGUUUUAAAUAAGAAAAGGGACAUGCAGCUGUUUGAAAUUGAUGCUAAUGAUUACAUGGACAAUAAAAGGAACUCUUAUGUGCAGGCUGAAAAACCUUCAGAAGAGGACCAUUCAUUUAAGGGAGAUUGUAUGAAAGCCUCUGCUGAUAUUAACAAGAAUGGACUGAAGCUCGAUGUGAAAGCUACAGAAAAUCUAUCUAUGAGGCCCAACCAUCAAAAUGCUGAAUCCACCGGCCAUCCUUCUUCAGAUCCUUUAACCCCAAGUAGUUCUGUACCAAAGAAUUCCAACAAAACUUCGAAAAAGUUGCCUGUCCCUAGUGGUCGUUUAAGUUAUCCAAAUUUAGACCAGAUGCCCUCGGCUUCCAAGAUUCCAUCACCUCCUAUCACCCCUACAGAUGGAAAGAACCUGAAAGCUCUGGCUAAAGACACCAAAAUCCCCAUGUAUAUGCCCAAAAGAAAGGAUAAAGGUGGCAAGGGAUCUAAUGAAAACAUCUCCAAAUCCACAGAGGAUGUGUCCAAAGUGAAGAAAAAGACCAAGUUUGGUUCCAUCAAGAGCUUUUUUGGAAGAAAAAGGAAAAUAUUUAAAGAAUUUUCGUCAGCCCAGGAUCUCCGGGGAACAGAAAAUUUCGAGGACCAUAAUAAAAGUGACACCCUGUCCAUUGAGUGCUGGGUAGAGGAUGAUAUUGGAAUUCAUAAUGAAAAUUUACAUUGAUUGGUAUUUUAAAAAGUGUAUGAAUUUCACAGGAAAGAGUAUAAGUGGUCACAUUUAUCUUUCUCUUCUUAAGAUUAAGAAGUAUAGAUGAAAUAUAAAUGUUAUAAUACAUGUACAAACAUUUAAAGUGCUACAGAAACGUUCAUAGUACUCGUACUCGGAGAAAUAUGAUGUCAUCAUACAAAUCAUUGAUCAUUUUCAUCAACUAAAGAUACAACUGAGAAAGAAGCCAGUUACCCAUGUGCUACCACAGGUACUUGUGGACAGGAACCCCCCCCCCUCCCCAAUAUACCCCACGGGUCAAAAAUAUUUUUAUGUAUUUUUUUCAUAAAUUAUUCUUCUAGUACAUAUUUACAAUGUAUUCCAUAAGAAAAAUCCAAAAAAUAACGCAGAAUUAACGUUUGAAUAAAAAAUCAUACCUGCGGUAUUAUAAAAUACCGCGGGUAUGAUUUUUUAUUUCCUGUGUGUGCUACAUAUGAAAUAUCUUCAAUGACACAUUUCAAACGUCACUGAAUUACUUUUUCAGUGAUAGUUGGUGUUAUAAGUUAUAUAUAAUCUCAAGUAACUGCCAGCUAUUUUAUCAGUAAUUACUCAGACAUUUUAAAAGAUUCACUCAAGUCAACAAAUUGAGAUAUGUUAUUUGUUCUUUUCUCUGACAAAAUUGUAACACACCAUUCGUACUCAAAUACUCAAUGAAAUAGUUUCUGUGACCCUGAGAAAAGAAAGCAUCUGAUAUUGCACAUGUAUUUAUUAUGCAAUCAAAUGAAAGCUGACAUAAACAUAUAAAUGAGGAUGUGUAAAUAAAUGGAAGCUUUAAUACAAAGUACAUGUACCUUUGUUACAUGAUUGUACAUACAUUUUUCCCCCAAGUCAACAGUGAUAAAAUUCACCGUGAUUGAUGGUCUUCCAGAUACACAAACAACUGUAUAGUGCACUUUGUCAGCUGUGCAUUUUUUACUGUCAUUGUAAAAUUAUGAUAUGAAUUGAGAUAUUUGAUUUUUUAUAUUUAUUGAAUAAAAAUGGUUUUCUAAA